AGGGGCGGGGCGGACGGCGCGCAGCCUCGCCGCGACUCGGGGACUGAAGGGAACUGGAAGGUACCCUCCUCGCUCGGAGAGGCCAUGGGGCGCCCAUCUGCGGAGCUCGAGUCGUGGCUGCUUGGGCUGUGGCUGCUGCUGUGCAGCUGGGGGUGCCUCGCGAACACCGAGCUGCAGGCCCCGCCGGAUAAGAUCGCUAUUAUUGGAGCUGGAAUUGGUGGCACUUCAUCAGCCUAUUAUCUGAGGCAGAAAUUUGGGAAAGAUGUGAAAAUUGAUUUAUUUGAAAGACAAGAGGUAGGUGGCCGGUUGGCCACCCUGAAGGUAGAAGGGCAAGACUUCGAGGCAGGCGGUUCUGUCAUCCAUCCUUUAAAUCUGCACAUGAAGCGUUUUGUCAAAGACCUGGGUCUCUCCACGGUUCCAACUAAAGGUGGCCUAGUGGGGGUGUACAAUGGAGAGACUCUGGUGUUUGAGGAGAGCAGCUGGUUUAUAAUAAACAUGAUAAAAUUAGUUUGGCACUAUGGAUUUCAGACUCUUCGAAUGCAUAUGUGGGUAGAAGAUGUGUUAGACAAGUUCAUGAGGAUCUACCGCUACCAAUCUCAUGACUAUGCCUUCAGCAGUGUAGAGAAAUUGCUACAUGCUGUAGGAGGGGAUGACUUCCUUGGAUUGCUUAACCACACGCUUCAUGAAACCUUGCAGAAAGCAGGCUUCUCUGAGAAAUUCCUCAGUGAAAUGGUUGCUCCUAUCAUGAAGGUCAAUUAUGGCCAAAGCACAAACAUCAGCGCCUUUGUGGGGGCAGUAUCAAUGACUGGUGCUGAUUCUGGCCUUUGGGCAGUAGAAGGUGGCAAUAAAGUUGUUUGCUCAAAGCUUCUUAAGGCUUCCAAAGGCAAUCUUAUACCUGGCUCAGUAAUGUUCAUAGAAGAGAAAACAAGGACCACAUCAGCAGGAAAUCCCACAAAGAUGUAUGAAGUGGUCUACCAAACUGGAUCUGAGACCCUUUCAGACUUCUAUGACAUCGUCUUAGUGGCCACACCCCUGAAUCAAAAGAUGUCCAAUAUAACUUUCCUCAACUUUGAUCCUCCAAUUGAGGAAUUUGAUCAAUUCUACAAACAAAUAGUGACAACUCUUAUUAAGGGAGAAUUGAAUUCAAGUGUGUUUGGCUCUGGAGUUGAAAAUCAGUUUGGCCUCUCUACAGUGUUAGUCACUGAUAGUUCAGAUUUGUUCAUUAACAGCCUUGGCAUUGUAUCCCCUGUAAAAGAAGAGGGAAAUCCUCUACCAUCAACAGAUGGAACAUAUGUUUGGAAGAUAUUUUCCCCAGAUGUUCUUAGUAAAAAGCAAAUUAUGAAGUUCUUUUUGUCCUAUGAUUAUGCUGUGAAGAAGACCUGGCGUGCAUAUCCUGUGUAUCAGCCCCCGCAGAAAUGCCCCCCCAUUGUGCUCCAUGACCGGCUAUAUUACCUCAAUGGGAUAGAGUUUGCUGCGAGUGCCAUGGAAAUGAGUGCCAUUGCAGGCUAUAAUGCUGCUCUCCUUGCCUAUCAUCGCUGGAAUGGGCGUACAGACAUGAUUGACCAAGAUGGCCUGUAUGAGAAACUUAAAACAGAGCUGUGAAAUAACCCUAUUCCCCUUUCCCCUUCUGGUUCCAGUGAGUGUCACUGGCAAAAAAUUACCAAAUCUGAGCAGAGAUGAUUUUGAAUCAGAUAUUUUGCCAUUAUCAUCGUUUAACCUUUAAUGGGUCAUAAGCAAAUGCAAGGUUCAGUGGAUAACUUGCACUUAGGACAUCUCCAGAACUUCUAACCUGCUCUUUCAAUAUCCAUGACAGUGUUUCCCAAACUUGUCUAAUCAUAGCAAUCACCUGGAGCUUGUUAAAACACAUGGAUUGCUGGGUGUGGUGGUGCACGCCUAUAAUC